AAUCAUACAAACGAUGCCAAAAUGGGUUGCUGCGCAUGCGUCAAACUACACCUUUUGUUAUUUUGUAUGUGUAUUACGGAUUAGGAUUAUCCAUAUUAGAUACGCUGAUGUCAGAUAACAUGAAAAAUAGCUAAUUUCAUAGAACAAUGAAUUGUAAAUGUUUUAAGUUAACAUAUAAAGUUUGUUAAGUAAUCAUUUAUUUUGAAAUCUGGAACAAAAUGGCGGAAGAUGAGUGAGAAUGUUGUGAUUGUAGUUUUGUAUGGAAUCAGUACACCGGUCCAUAAUCUGGGCCAAUGUAUGUCUUCAGGAUUAUCUAAUUAUAUGUGGAAGUCGGAAACAUGCCCCCGUUUAUGCUAGGAAGAAAAAGAAUACAUACUUACAUAUGAGCAGAAUUUGAGAAAGACGGAAAUGCUUGGUCUCAACACGUGCAAGGCAAACACGUUGGCAUAAACUGGGAGUUUAUAGUAUUUUCACAGGUGGUUUUCCUGGGAUUUUACAUACCAGCUACAUCACAUUUACAUAAACUACGUCACUUGUAGUAGUUCUAGCUACCAAUAUUUCUACAACAUAUACCAACAUGUACAAAAGUUUUCUUGUCUUGGAGAGACUAUACAAAUCAACAACACAAGCUUCUGAUGAUAACGAUCAACUAAUAUAAGCGUCUGUGUGUGUGAGAGAGAGUGAGAAUAGUAAAAAAUAUAACACACAAAGGCUCCUCAUGUACAGCUUGUAGAUUGUCUGUUGUUUUCUUUGGAAUAGAAGCAGAGUUUUGAUCGCUAUAAAGUAGAGGAUUAGCACUAAGCGAUUAUCAUCACCUGGCGUCUGACAACACCUUGCAAGCAUGCACUUCGAAAUACUGAUACUGCCGUAGUUACGCGCUACUGAAGUUGGAUGCCUAACAUUUUCAUCGUAAUCGACAGUUUUAUCCAAGUAAAUGAAAAUGAAAUUUGAUGAUUAUUUUUAAUGAUUUUUUUAAACUAUUUUAAUAUCAUUUUGAAUAUCUUAAAUACUUACAAUUUCUACUACCUCAUUUAAAAAACGUGUUCAAUGGUGGUUUCUGUAACUGAAAAUCCUUGCCUGGACCAUUGUAGAAUGAAUAGAAACACCAUGCGGCCGGCACCAAAUGUUGCUGUCAUGGCCGCUAAACCGCCAAAACCGCCAUGUUGGCGGGAUUUUGUCAGCCAAACACUAAUGGCAGAAUCCGAAUUUACCGAUAUCAGCAAAAUCGCUCGGAGUUCUAAUGAAAGUUUUAGUUCUGACGGAAUAGCUAAUAAAACUACUGGUAAACCAAAAAGACUCCGUGCGAGGAUACACCGAACGCGGAGUCAGUUUGCAAUAGAGGAAAGUGAUCUUCCAGCUGAAACAUUGACAAUGACCUUGGCUGAAACUAAACCAGACGAUAUAGGUUUGUGUAGAGAAACGUCUUUCAAUGAAAGAAUAUUCCAAGAAGAUAAUAAUAGGAAAUGUCAGACUUGGUUACAAAGUGUUGAAGCUUCAAAGCCUCUUGAGGACGUAAGUUGCUAUGAUCUAAGCGGCCUCGAGGGCGAGGCCGUUUCCAUAGAAAUUCCAGACGAUACGCAGACUUAUGAACAGGCAGACGGACUUCAUAAAGAUAAAAGCAAUAAUAAAAGUGUUCAUCUAAAGCCGUCUGCUUACGAACAUUUGGCGGGAGUAGAUUCGUCUACACCAGUUAUUCCUACCACGUUAAGGCAAAGUUCUUCUUUUAAAGAGGAAAAUUUACUAAACACGGGAUAAAUGUAAACUGUUUAUAUGUUACAUGUGCAAUUAUUUUAUUAUUAUGGUUUAAAUCAAUAUAAUUAAAAUAUAUAAGUGAA